UUGAAUGCAGGUCGGUUGGACGCCGGAGGUUGAAGCAGGUUUGGGUUUCAGGGUGGGUGAAUGAACGUUACUCUCACACAAGUUUGGGGUGCAUUGUAACCAUGAAGUUUCUCUUUUAAAGCUUCAAAUCAGCGAAAACUCAGAAAAUAUGGAAGAAAGAACAAGGUCACAAAGAGAUCAAAAUACUGAAAUACAAAUGAAAGAUGACAAGCAUGGAGCUCAGAAUAUCAAUGAGCAAUGGAUGCAGGAAAAUGCUGAGGCAACCACUUGUAAUCUGUAUAUCAAGAAUCUGAAAGGCACCCAUCAGCAAAGAGGUCUGGUUAAACAUCCAUCUUCUCAAGUUGAGGAUACCAAGAAUGAACCUCUGCAAUCUUGUCUAAAAAUAAUGCAUGAUUCGACUAAAUGUGAGACUUGUACAAAUAACAGGUUACAUUUAUUGCAAAUAAAUGAACAUGCCCAUUCUUAUGAGAAAUCUGAGGAGCUGCAUCCUCCUUCAAAUUAUUUGCAGCAACUCAUUCCUGUUGAUUCUAGUGGCUUGAAAGAUCAGCAGAACUAUGACUUUUCUCAGACUUAUAGCUCUUACAUGGAAAAUAAUGAACGUAACACAUCCAAGUAUGAAACUGACACCAUUAUCCCUUUGCAAAAAUGUAGCACAGUAACAAUCACACCAGUUUUCUCUGCACUGAAUUGUCAACGAAUACAUUCUAAAAUGAAGUUGGAUACUCAAAGCGAUAUGGAUACAAACAACAGAAGGAGGGCUGCAAGUGAAGGUACCAAUGCAUUGCGUGACCCUUUCACUCCAGGUCAAGUUACCAAACUCUCAGAAGAUAACAGGAGAAUCGCUUUCCUAUUGAAAGAAUUGAAUGCAGUGAGAGAAUCUAAUAAAAAGCUUCAAGAUAAAUUGUCAGAAAGUGAGAGAGAACUGGAAGUAAUAAAACUGGAUCUGGAAUUGCAAGAAAAAGCAGUGGAAGCCAGAGUGGCUGAAAAAGCUGCAGUUCUAGUUGAAGAAAUCUAUCGUGCACAAAGCGAACGGGAUGCAGCUGUUAUGUCCAGACUACGACUAGCCAAUGAGGAAAGAGAUGAAGCGCUUUUAAAAAAUAAGCGACUGGAACAGGCCUUUGAAGGGUUGGAAAAUAUUAACCCUGAAGAAAAUGACAUGACAUUGCAGGAAUUACUGAACCGAAUCAACAAUGCUGAUACAAGGCAAGCAGUUGACAAGAACGGAGAUUUAAUUGUAGAUAGAAUUCACAAAGCCAGGGAGCGGAAGAAAAGAAUAACUGCUGAAGAAAUGAAUGCAGUUAUUGAGGAAAGGGAUGCAGCCUUAUCAAGAUGCAAACAGUUGGAAGAGGAGCUUCAUCUUUUGAAAGAGCAGAACCAGUCAUUGGCUAAUAACACAAGACAGCUUACUACUGAAAACAAUCAAGAAUGUGCCUUGAAGGCCCAACUAAUAACAAUGCAGAAAGAAAGAGAUGUUGCCUUUCAGCAAUGUAAGAAACAAGAUGAAGAAAUUCAGACACUUAGGCUUUAUUACAGCUUGCACAGGUCAUUAUCUCAAGAGGCUACUCUCACAGACCAAUUCAACCUUACCCUAGGCACUUAUGACAAUGCUUUACGUGUCAGUAAAGGCAUCAUAUCAACCACACACCACCAAAAUGAAGAUCUUGCAAGCCAGUUACAAUUAGCCAUAGCAGAGCAUGCAGACAUGGAGAUUAAACUGCAACAAGCAUUGGAAGAGAAAAAUGAAUUAAUUGAAAAAGUUCAGAAGUUGGAACGCCUGGUAGACGUCCUGAGAAAGAAGGUUGGGACAGGGAACGUCAGGACGGUGACCUGAUUGAGUUAGUUGUCACAUCUGGUGACCAGGCUGUUCUAUUUCAUCACUGUACAGAUAAAAAGGCCUGGACUUAGCAAAGAGUUGUUGUAAUUAGCACAUUGAAAUAGCAUUCCAAAAAAUUAUCAAAAUCUGUAUUUUUUUAAAUCUGGGAACUUGGAAGUAUUCUAUAUUAAUGAGGCUUGUAGAAAUGCAAAAGAGCUUUCAGAUUUGCCAAUUUUAACAGGAAUUUUUAGAAUGUAUGUCUAUAAAUGCAUCACAAUUUCAUGCAUAUUUAAUUAAAUGUUAUUCAGAAUUAUUAAGUUCUUAGUGGAAGUGCUGCCGUAAAUCCAGUAUAAAGCCAUAAUGUUGUUCACUUCAUUAAUAGCUGGAACGGGACAAUUGCCAAGAUAUAUAUUUUUACACAUUUGAACUAAAAUUAGGAUAUUGCAGAUUGAAUAGAUUUUUUUGUUCUUUGAUGUUUAUCUUUAUUUUAACAUGAUGUACAUCAAUCAGUACCCGUGUAUUUUCUUCUAAUAUUUAAACUUUUUAGUAGUUUAGUUAUGGUGUAACAGUAGCUUAUUCAGAGCUGUAAUGUCAAUUCUUUGUCCUAGUCUUCACGAUUUUAAUUUGUUCAGAACUUACAUCUAAUCCGCUGUAGUACUGAAAUAAAGAACAGUGUA